AAUUAACGCCACCAACUAUAAACAAAUAGACAUAGCCAAAGAGAAAGAAGGCCACAAGCAUGGCCAAUCCGUUGAAUCUCACUUCCAACUUCUUCUUCUUCAUCUUCACAUUGACCAUCAUCUAUGUAGCCUAUACCUUCCCUAAACUCGAACCAAACCAAACCAACCUCGUCUUCUACGUCCAUGACCACUUCACCGGUGAAGACUCCACCGCAGCUACAGUUGCUGGUAAAACUGGAGUUACCUCCAGCAUCCUACACUUUGGCACCGUAGCUAUAGUUGACGAUCCAGUAACCGAGGGACCUACAAUGGAUUCAAAACUCAUCGGUAGAGCUCAAGGCACGUACAUAAAUUCGCAGCUUGAUGGUAAAGCUUUGUACAUGGUUUUCUCGGUGAUAUUCACAGCUGGUGAGUAUAGAGGAAGCACCUUGGAGAUUCAAGGAUCUGAUAUAUUCACAACGAAGGAACGAGAAUUUGGAAUUGUUUCAGGCACAGGUUACUUUCGGUUUGUUAAAGGCUAUGGGAUUAUGGAAACAGAGUUCAUGGAUUUAGUUAAUCUUAGAGCCACUCUUAAACUUAAUGUAACCGUGAAACAUUACUAGAAUAUGUUUUAACAAGAAUUGUUAGCAUAACAUUGUAUUAAGGUGGAAACAAUUGAGUCAACAACAUACCAAAGACAGGUGGCAUUUAGGAUGGGUGAGGUGAAUCAUUUCCCAUGAUGGUGCAGUUUAUUUUACACCAUUGAUAUAUUAUUUUAUUUAUUCAAUGGUCUGGAUUUAAAA